AACUGUAUACUCACCUUAUUGCAGAUUGUCUUAUUCCAGUAAAGUAAAAAACAGAAAUUACACACACGAUUUUAUGACACAUAAAAACAACUAAAACACGAGUUAUUAACAGUUUCAUGAGAUGUAGAACUACGUUACGCACUAAUGUAAACAAGCCGGUAUCGUUCAUGAGCAAUCUUUAUGAUAAUUUUAACUUUUUGCAGCAAUUUCGGCAAUAAUUCGAUAAUUUGAAGACAAGAACAGCGCUUCCCCGUCACAAGAUGGCCGGACCUAGCUUGGUGUCAGUCCGAUUGCUUUGCCAACCCCUCCUCCCGCUGUGCACGGAGCCCCCCGUAAACGACCCAAACCUUUCAUUCUCGCUUUUCUGGCUCUCUCACCGUCGUCUGUGCAGUUACAUCGAGGCCGGAUGCACACUGUAAAAAUUUCUUUGAUUACUCAUUUUCGGCGUGUUUUUAUCGUUUCUAUUUGGCUGGGAGUACUCACGUUUUGUUGCGACUUGGUCGCUAUUUUCAAUUAACCUGACAGAGGCGUGACAUGGGGUUCAGAUGGCGAAAUCUUUCGUAGCUAACGAUCACAAAAUUUUACAGAUAUUAGAAGGACAUACUAGCGAUGUCAGUUGCUGUGAUUUUGCGUCAACAUCCACCAUAGUAACAGGUUCAAGUGAUAAAACAAUACGAAUUUGGGACUGGAAAGUCGGUUUAGGAUAUCAAGAAAGACCAUCAUCGCCUUUGAGAGGACACAAGUAUCAAGUCACCUGCGUUAGAGUAUCCCCGCAAGGUUCUUUACUAGCAAGCGCCUCGGUAGAUGGUACCGCUGUUCUCUGGAACAUACAUAAUUGUGCAAAAUUGUACACAAUAACGCAAGUUAAUGGCGAUGCUAUUAGAGUGUGCAGAUUUUCUCCUGACAGUGCCGUUUUAAUAACAGCGGGAGAUAAUGGAGCUGUAUGUAUUUGGGAUUUAGUGCACAGGAGUUUAAUUAAAACUAUUUUCGAUCACGAAGGGACUACACAGUCAUUAGCUUUCACUCCAGACUCUUACUAUUUAGUAACUGCAUGUUCUUUAGAAAUCGUAUUGGUUUGGAAUACUCAACAUUUAAUCGAUACUACAAGCGAUGCAACGUGCGUACCGGUUGCCAAAGCAGAUAAUGCUCAAGAUUUAGGUGUCUUUUGUGUUGAUAUUAGUAAACAUAUCAUUUUUGAUAAAAAUAAUCCGCUGAUCCGACAAUACAGGCUUGCUUCUAGUGGAAAUAGCAACGAAAUCAAAAUAUGGACAAUCAUCGCCAAAAGCGUAGUCAAAGAGAAAUCGCCAACGAUUAGCGAAGUAACUUUAGAUCUUUUUGACGUAUACGAUGGACAUACAUCAUCGGUUACUUGUAUAAGAUACAAUAAUAGUGGUGAUUAUUUGGUUUCUACCAGUGUCGACAAAUUGGUAAAAGUUUGGGAUAACGAUGGAAACUGUAUUGCUUCCCUCCAAGGGCAUAGUAGAUACGUAAAUUGUGCAGCUAUUUCCAAAGAUCUGUCCGUCAUAAUUUCAGGUUCCAACGACAAAAGCAUUAUAGUAUGGGAUAUGACUGGAAAUAUUACUUUUGAUUCGGAACUAGAUCAAUAUAAUUUACAUAGUAACGAACAAGUGAGAGAAAAUGGUUUGUUCGAGAACAACAACGAAAAUCUUGAAACGGUUACACUAUUAGAUAAGAUUGAUGAUAUUGCAGAAGGAGCUAUCAACAGUUGCUGCUUUUAUGGAAAAGAUUUAUUGGCUAUUGGUUCAGGGGAUAAGUUGAUUCACAUUUUUAAAAUUAUUAAUGAACCUAAUUGGAUAGAAGAACUUUGUUUUUCUCCAUUCGAAGGACAUACGUUUGCAAUAAAUUAUGUAGAAUUUUCCAGUAAUGGAAAAAUGUUAGCUUCAUGUUCGUUAGAUGGUUGUACUAUUAUAUGGGAUGUACUGACAGGCGAUAAGUUACACUUACUGCCAACUAAUGUCUUAUCCAUUAAGUCAUGUCGAUUUAGUCCAGAUAACAACAAGUUGCUAACUGCUGGCGACGAUGAAAAGGCCGUAUUGUGGAAUGUUAAUACAUCAGAAAAGAUUGCAACAUUUGAGGGACAUCUGGAUACAAUUUCUGCUGCAAGUAUUUCACCCGACGGAAAAGUAUCUGUAACCGUAUCGCCAAACGCCGAUUUUAGAAUAUGGUCAUUACAGACCCACAUGUGCCUAUACGUAAAAGAAGAUGCCCAUGAAUAUGGCAUUCAAGACUGUGAUAUAUCCCAUAAUCUGGAACCUAUACCAAAUUUAACUAUCAGUGCUCAAUCUUAUCUGUUAGCUACUUGCGGUAAUGAUAGUUUAGUUAAAUUAUGGAGAAUAUCUAUUCCUAAUAAAUGUGAUACUCUGGCUUUAGAAAACAUCGAAGUAAAAUUGUGGCGUUCUUUGCAAGGCCAUGGCGGGCACGUUGUUUGCGUCAGAUUUUCGCAAGUUGUAAGUGAAUUUGUAUGUUCGACUGGAACCGAUAGGCAGGCAAGAAUAUGGUCCGUUUACAGUGCCGCUUGUCUCUUUGUUUUGGAUCAUGAUUCGAUAGUCACUUCUUGCUACUUUAAUGAUGACUGUUCACUUUUAGCAACCGGUUGUUUGGACAAAACCUUAUGGUUAUGGAAGUUACCGCAACAGUUGGUAUUCCAAUCAGCGGUAGCUGACAAAAUCCAAUACAGAUCAAAACAGGUCAUUAAUUGGACUACUUCAGAUAUCAUCAGAUGGUUGAAAAAUGUUGAGAUGCCAGAAUUAGUCUCAUUUAUUACAAGCUGUUGUCUGGAUGGGAAAAGAUUGUUAACAAUUCCGGAAGAGCAAAUUUGUGCAGGUUUAGACUUAGACAAAGAGCAAGAGGAGAAAUUUAUAAAAGAAAUUCGAUGGUUAAAAAAUGGAGAACUGAAAAUGGAAGCGGCCAAUUAUAUGGAUAUUCCACACGAGUAUUUAUGUCCUAUAACGCAUGAAAUAAUGAGAGAACCAGUUACGUGUAGUGACGGGCACACUUACGAAAAAAACGCUAUAACCGAAUGGUUUAUGUCUGGAAAAGAUACCAGCCCUAUGACAAACGAGAAGCUUGCCAACACCAACGUUUUUCGAAACGUAAAAUUAAGAUCUGAAAUAUACGAUUUCUUAGAAAUGAACGAGAGUGACAAAGAUGAAACUUUCUAUUAAGCAUUUACUUUGUCAAUUUAGCACCUAAGGCACAACUAUUGUGAUACAUUUUCAAAAAUACUGAAAACAUUUGAUAUUAUGUACUGAAUUAACUUAAUUACUAAUAAUAAACAUCAGAACUGCAUUAUUAUUUAUAAAUAACGAAGGUUUAGAUAUUAGCGAACAUUUUAUAACUUUUAAAAAGAAGCUGAUAAGUAAGGGACAGAAAAACUAAAUUUAUACUUCUUUGAUGUUAACGGGAAAUUUUACUUCAUUCAGUCUUCCGUUCAUUGUCAAAAAAGUGUCAAAAUUAAGAUCUUUCUUUUUUUUUAAUAAAAAUUUGUAUUUGUAGUAGGCAAUUAUUAAUUAAAAGUUCAGGUAUUUUUUUAAUAACUAAAUUGAUUUAUUAUGACAAUACAGCUCGAGUUCCAAAUAAAAAUAUUCCUAAAGGUAAAUUUGAACAAUUAUUAUUAAGUAAAUCCAUAUUUUGAUAUUCAGGGUCCCACUGGUGCAUAAUUAUUGGGUAUUUAGAUUUUUGUUGUAGACACACAAAAAGUUUUUAAAUAAAAGUUAUAUUGAUUUAAAAAAGGCAUACUUUAAAAAUAUUUUUGGACAUACAGGAUGGUACGCUUUUGGCUGGCAAAUAAAAAUUUAUAUAUUUUAAAUGGAUAAUUCUAUAUUUUAUUUUCUAUUUAAAAUGUAUUUCGACCCUAGAAUAUUUAUGAAAAAUGAUAAAUUGAAGAAUGAUGCAAAUCCCGCAUAUAAUUAUCAUAAUUUAGGUAGAUUAGCAAUGAUUUCAAAUAAUUGUCUUUAUUGCAGACUUAUAAGGUAUCAAGUUAGCGAAUAGUUUAUUUUAUAUAGAUUUUAAAUAUGGCUCAUUUUAAGUUCAAUUUACUCAAUUUUUUAAAAUGCAGCACUUUGUAUAUUAUUUUAACGAUAAAUUUGUUAUAAAUUUACCUAUCUAACUAUACCAACAUGUUAGCCUAUUAUUUAUAUACAGAGUGUCAUUGAUCGAUAGCUGUUUUAUGGGAAGAAAUUUUGAAUACAAGUUGUAUAUUUUAAAAUUAUUCUUAAUAUAUAAGCAACAUAUAAACAACGUUCUGCAACUUCCCAAUCUAUUAGCAGUUGGGUGAGAUAAUUAAGCCCAUGUAAUGGAAUAGAUACCACAGUAUUUACAUGUUAUGCCUCUACAUACACGCCGCUAAUAAAUUGGGCGUUAGUAUUGACGCAAUUAAACUUACACCAAAUGGACUAAAAAAUCAAAUAUGUAAUAUUUAACAAUUUCUAUCACGA